UGUCCAUAAUCAACCGUUCAUCCACUACAUAUGACCACGUAGCAUCGCCACGUAACCCGUAUCUAGUAACUAACCAGGAAUCGCAUCCUUGUAAAAUAUACGUCUGGCAGAACUCAACUUACUUACACUAAAAAUAUCAGUUUAUAGUAUUUUUAUAUUAAAAAAUAUGGAGAAUGUAAACCCAAAAUCAAAGCCAACAAAAACUCCUACCCUCCGACCACCCAGACCUUCUUCCAACAAUGCGCCAGAACUGGACUCACCAAACUUAUUGGAGAAGGCUCACUGUUCAAAAGUCGCCGAAUUGAAAAAGUAUUGUGUCCAAUUUGAACUUCCUCUACCUUCAUAUUCUACGACACAAAAAACCGGAUCCGACAAAAUCAUCCGACAUAUUACAACAUGCACGGUUGGAAAUACAACUCAAACUGGGAUAGCAACCGUUAAAGCGGACUCGAAAAAAAUUGCUGCAUUUAAAGUAUUCACACUAGUGGAUCAACCAGGCAGCUCUGGACAAAAUAAACCAAGCCCAUCAAAACAGAGUAUCAUAAAAGAUACAGUGCCCACCAGCACUAGCAAAGCGGGCCAGAAGACUUUCCCCGAUCCGAGCAAAAUAACCCCUGCAAAAUCCGAAAAACCAAAAUCAAGUCCUACUAAUUCUAAACCCGGUUCAUCUGGAGGCAGCGCUCCACUAAACAAAUCAACACCAGAUAAUACACCGACUCCCAGUAAACCAAAAGUGUCACCGCCGGCCACACCCUCUAAUGACGCAAUACCCCAACCAGUAACAAACCGACCAUUGAAAGAAGUAUCGAAAAAGGUAUUUUACUACACUGACACUAAAAUUGGAGAUGGCGGGUCAUCCACCGUUUACGAAGGCUAUUUCGAAGUCCAAACUAGAAAAGCAGCAGUCAAGAUUUGCCAAAAAUCGUAUUUGAAUUCUGAAAAGAGCAAAGAGUUAGAAGUCCUUCGGAAACUGGCGGAUCCCAACAUUAUCACCUACUACAUUAUGCAAGACGUCGGUAAAACCAGUUACAUCGUCAUGGAACUUGCCGACUGUACUUUGACCCACGCCAUUGAAAAACAACGCAAAGGAGGUACAACUUUACGAAAAAAAUGGGCCUCCGACAUGACCAAAGGACUUGCCGCUAUGCAUUCCAUGAACAUUGUCCACCGUGACAUAAAACCAGACAACGUCCUCAUCUUUUUCGGUAAAAACGUGGCAAAGUUAGCCGAUUUCGGUAUCAGCCGAGUUUUACCGUCAAUGACGAAAGGCACCAAUACACUGGCUGACGGUGGCACGAGAAUGUGGCGGCCUCCGGAAGCUUUAGAAGUAAUCGGCACCUCAAGAGAAGCCACCUUCAAGCUUUCCCCAAGUUAUGACAUAUUCGCCUUAGGACUCACCAUUUUCUACGCAAUGUCCGGUGGGAGACAUCUCUUUGCCAGUGAUAAAAACGAUGGCUCGUCAAAAGCAGAGGCAAACAUUUUGAAUUAUUUGGUCGUCUGGAAUCUGGAGUAUGAGUCAACGUCACUCACAAACUUGCUUAAAGCCAUGGUAAAUAAGGAUCCGAAGGUUCGACCCAACGCCAAAGUUGUUUUGGAACAUCCAUUCUUCUGGGAUAGCAAACGCGGCCUUGAUUUCAUCAAGGCGGUUACCAUUGACCUAAAAAAUGCUGAAAACCCAAUGGCUGGUUCUGGCAAGAGUGAACUUCGCUUCGCACAUGACCGAUUUUGUAAUGCGACUAAAAAUCUAGAAAAAAAUUGGAGGUCUAGAUUAUGUCCUGAAUUAGAAGCUUUUAUGACAUGGAAGGCUGCCACUAAGUCUAAAUCUUCACUGGAGAAUAAGAAAUAUGGGGAAAAAUCGUUCAUCAAAUUGAUUGAUUUUAUACGAGAUUACGAUCAACACAAUAAAGAUUGGACGGCAGAGUUUGAAAAUGGGAGACUUAAGAAGGACGGUGUGUUUGGAAAGGAUGGGACCAAAUAUGGAGACUAUUUUCUGUCCAGAUUUCCCGAAUUGGUCACAAUUCUGUACACCUUCUUUCAGCAAAAGAAAUAUUGGGGGGUGAAACUUCGACAAUUUUAUGAGUUGAAUAACAAAGAGGGCUUUGAGAAGUGGUGAGACAAUGUGGAAUUAUUCUUAACCGGGUAUUAAUAUUUGGCCAUAAAGGUAGUGAGUUUGUUAGAGAAUAUAUACAUACAUACAUUCAUAUAUUAACAUUUCAUGCACUAAUUCUAAAAAGAGCUAAAUGCAGUUACUUAUUAAUUCUGAAAAGCGCUUUGUAUAGCUUCUUCUUAAUUCUAGAAAGAGCUAAGUGCACUGUUAAAACAAACUGCACUUGGCUCUUUUCAGAAUUAAGAAGUGAUUAAAUUUAGCUCAUUUUUGAAUUAAUAUGACGAUAUGUGCACAAAAAAACUUAUUUUUAUUCUAAAUAAAUUUAUUUAUCUGUUCAGACA